GCGGCCCUGACCGUUGUAAGGCAACUACAUCACACCUUAUAAUAAGGCAACCACCUUAGCCUCACCAGCCAAAGGACCGCGAUGCAGCUGCCAAGCUCAAGUACAAGACGACUGAAGUCGCUUAUAAAUACAACCCUCUCCUACUCUUCCAUCUCAAUGACUGCUCUGGUUCGCACACUUACACGGCCAUCACUUCAGUAACAUAUACGUCUGUGACCUGCAUCCUGCUCGCCUCAUCGAUCCCUCACAAUGGCCAGCCCACAGCCUCCCGGGCAACCUCGCACCUUCAAUCCGGCAAACGUGCCAGCGCCUCCGCCAACAUAUAACCAAGUUGCCACUACGCCGCUGGCCCCUACAAGCGAGCUGAUUACGCUUGCUGGCCAAGUUGGCAUUGACCCACAGACUCGACACAUACCCGGUGACUUUGUCUCCCAGGCUAGAAUCGCCUGCCGGAACGUUCAGGCAUGUCUUGCAGCGGCUGGGGCCACCCCACGAGACAUAGUUCACGUGCGCCACUACAUCGUCCACAAGACGGGCAAUGCCGAUCUGGAUGCGCUCGAGAUCUUCGAUCGUGGCUGGGGGCCAGUCUGGAUGGAGUUUAUGGACCGCGAGGCCGAUGGACAUCGCCCACCGGAUACCGUCUUGGGAGUUGCCGCGCUGGCUGGGAAGUCUUUGCUGUAUGAAGUGGAGGUGUGGGCUAUCCGCCAUGCUCCUGCAAAGUGAGUAUCUGACCUACAUUCUAUUGCGGAGCACCAUCUCCCUUUGCCUCGUCCACAUUCCUCGCUAGUACUCUCUUGGAAACAGCUCGGUAGAUGGAUCACUUUGCUAUGGCGAAACAUAUCUUACAGACUCGCAAUAACGGAAUCUAAGCU